GUUCGUUUUUCCCUGAGCUAAUAUUAGCUUUUCCUUUUUCUGUUAACAGUAGCAUCACAGAAACAAAGCGAAAGUCUAUUUCUUUCAUAGCUACAAGCUUGUGAAUCUGUGAUGCAGAGAAAGAAGAGCCAGAAGGGUUCUUAAAAGAUCGAGGAAGGGUUCAAGAACUCAUGGAUUUGCAGAGGCUUUGUGGGAUAGUGUUUGUGUCAGCUCUGAUUCUGCUGGUCUCUAAGCCUAGCUCUGUGACAGCUGGGGAUAUAGUGCAUGAUGACGAUUCAGCUCCAAAGAAGCCUGGGUGCGAGAACAAUUUCGUUUUGGUAAAAGUUCAAACUUGGGUUGAUGGUGUAGAGGCAAAUGAGUUUGUUGGCGUGGGUGCUAGAUUUGGAACUACCAUUGAAUCAAAGGAGAAAAAAGCACAGCAAACUCGCCUUAUUCUUUCAAAUCCUCGUGAUUGUUGUAACAAAACAAAGAAUAAGCUUGCUGGCGAUGUCAUCAUGGUGGACCGAGGCCACUGCAAAUUCACAACUAAAGCAAAUAUUGCCCAAGAAGCUAAUGCCUCCGCUGUACUCAUUGUAAAUAACCAGAAAGAACUUUACAAGAUGGUGUGUGAGCCAGAUGAAACUGCUUUAGAUAUACACAUACCAGCUGUCAUGCUCCCGCAAGAUGCUGGUGCUACCUUGGAAAAGAUGUUAAUGAAGAAUUCAUUGGUUUCUGUGCAGUUGUACUCACCGCAACGACCUGUUGUUGACAUUGCGGAAGUAUUUUUAUGGUUGAUGGCUGUUGGUACUAUCUUGUGUGCAUCUUAUUGGUCUGCAUGGAGUGCCAGAGAAGCAUCUAUUGAACAGGACAAGCUAUUAAAGGAUGCUUCUGAUGAAAUUCCAAGUGGCAAAGCUCCUAUGGGUGCCAGCGUAGUAGACAUCAGCACAACAUCAGCUGUCUUGUUUGUUAUUAUUGCUUCAUGCUUCUUGGUUAUACUUUACAAGCUUAUGUCAGGCUGGUUUGUCGAGCUUUUGGUGGUUCUUUUUUGCAUAGGUGGUGUGGAGGGUUUGCAAACUUGCUUGGUUGCGUUGUUAUCGAGGUGGUUCAAACGUACUGGGGAAUCAUACAUUAAAGUACCUAUCUUGGGAGCAGUCUCAUACCUUACUUUGGCUGUUUCUCCAUUCUGCAUAGCAUUUGCUGUUCUUUGGGCAGUUUUUCGCAACAUUUCCUUUGCCUGGAUUGGUCAAGAUAUACUUGGAAUUGCACUGAUAAUCACAGUUCUUCAAAUUGUUCGGAUACCUAAUCUCAAGGUAGGUACGGUCCUCCUCAGUUGUGCCUUCUUGUAUGACAUCUUUUGGGUGUUUGUUUCUAAGAAGUUGUUCCAUGAAAGCGUGAUGAUUGUGGUAGCCCGUGGUGACAAAAGUGGAGAGGAUGGUAUUCCAAUGCUACUAAAGAUCCCACGCAUGUUCGACCCUUGGGGUGGUUUCAGCAUCAUAGGAUUCGGUGACAUCCUAUUACCGGGCCUGCUUGUGGCAUUCUCGCUCAGGUAUGAUUGGUUGGCAAAUAAGACACUUCGGGCUGGAUACUUCUUAUGGGCAAUGAUGGCUUAUGGAUUGGGUCUUCUCAUCACAUAUGUGGCAUUAAAUUUGAUGGAUGGGCAUGGCCAACCGGCACUGCUUUACAUUGUUCCAUUCACACUUGGAACUUUUCUGACAUUAGGGAAGAAGAGAGGUGACUUACAGAUUCUGUGGUGUAGAGGAGAACCAGAAAGGCCCUGCUCACAUAUCAAACUCGAAGAGAGUCAAGAAUUGGACGAAACGAAGUAAGACAGCUUGUUAAGUUAAAAAAUAGAAAAAGUAAGAGCCUGUUCUUGUAUGAUAUUUAUAGUGUUGGCAUUUUAUAAUCAUUAGAAAUCUGGUAACGAACUCUCAAGAGCUUCCCUUAACAUGGAAGUCUUUGUAUGUAAGCUUAUUGCCCCUUAAAUUGAACGAGGGAUCUCUCUUAAUUAAAAUAGCGUUCAUUUUGCA